UAAGCGUACUUGGUUCGCGGGGAAUCAUCUCCACAGUGCACCGCGGCUCCAUAUAAUCACACCUCCACCCCUUUCCCUCUCUCCUUCCUCCUCUACAUAACAGUAAGGAAUACUCUGCUGCCGUACGUGAAACUCAAGCCCAUACCUGAAGGAAAGUCCAGAGAAACGACAUGUCGUUUGGCGUGGAGUUUGCCCCUUCUCCGGAGGAACACGAUGAUGCCAACAACGAACGGCUGGAUUUGGUCGAUCCAGCGGCUCCGACCUUGUCACCUUCGAGCGGGACUUUUCUCAGAGCGGCGGUGACUCUCAAGGAUCAGGUGGUGCAGGCUACGUGGGAAGGAGGGCAUGAUUCGGGUACGCCUACGGGUAUGGUGUUGGAUCCGACAGUUUAUACGGGUCUUCUUGGUACGGCUUUUACGUGCUUGAGGUCGUACGAGGCCGCCGGUAACCGGCAGGACUUGGUGCUGUGCGCUGAGAUCGUCGACAAGUGCCGGGCUGUCGCAAGUGCGUCAACCAGGCACGUGACUUUUUUAUGUGGUAGAGGAGGAGUGUACGCCCUAGGAGCUGUGGUGGCCAAUUUGAUUGGGGACCAUGAAAGACGUAACCUGUAUUUGAAUCUGUUUCUUGAGGUGGCACAAGAGAAGGCCCUGUCUGUUGGGCCGGAGGAAGGUGGUUUUGGAAUGUCGUACGAUCUUCUCUACGGGAGAGCUGGGUUUUUAUGGGCAGCUUUGUUCAUAAACAAGUAUCUUGGACAAGAAAAGUUGCCAAAUAAUAUUCUAAUGCCUGUUGUGGAUGCUGUGUUAGCUGGUGGUAGGGCAGGCUCAUCUCAUAACCCGUCCUGCCCGCUCAUGUUCAGGUGGCACGGGACUAGGUAUUUGGGGGCAGCCAAUGGCGUGGCUGGAAUUUUGCAAGUGCUGCUUCACUUCCCACUUUGCAAAGAGGAUGCUGACGAUGUGAAGGCAACGCUUAGAUAUAUGAUGGCUAAUAGGUUCCCUCACAGUGGAAACUACCCGUCAAGUGAAGGAAACCCUAGAGACAAGUUUGUGCAGUGGUCUCAUGGUGCAGCUGGCAUGGCCAUAACCUUGUGCAAGGCAUCUCAGGUGUUUCCAGGUGAUCGGGAAUUUCGCGAUGCUGCAAUAGAAGCAGGAGAAGUUGUGUGGAAGAACGGUUUACUGAAGAAGGUAGGACUUGCUGAUGGUGUGGCUGGGAAUGCCUAUGCCUUCCUUUCUCUGUAUCGUCUGACUGGAGAGAGCAUAUACGAAGAGAGAGCAAGGGCAUUUGCAAGCUUCUUGUAUCAUAAUGCCGGAGAGUUUGCGACUGCGGGACACACACAUGGGGCCGAAUAUGCCUACUCUCUCUUUCAAGGUCUUGCCGGAACAGCUUGCCUCUGGUUUGAUCUUUAUAUACCCGAAAAUUCUAGAUUUCCGGGUUAUGAACUGUAGGAAAUUGUGGAAAGUUACAUAUUGUUAUAAGAUUUAUUAGUAUAUAUGUUUCUAUCCUGACAUGUAUAUAGAGAUGUGUACUCUAGUAAGAACUGAGAAGAUGAAAUCUCUUUUGGUGUGAGAUUAAUUCUGUAAGACGUCGUUGCGAGAGGAGUCAGUUGUGGAAAGGACAUUUGUUGUUAAGUGUUCUAAGUCUUACAGAAAUGUAUAUGUAAAGCAAUUCGCUAUUCACAGAAGAAUUUCUAACAGCCCUUAUCUAAUUACGCGGGGUUGUAAUAAACUGCUUUGCUGACUA